AUGAUCCGUCGCUUUCACCGUCGUGACCGGGGUUCGAUUCCCCGUUGGGGAACUCAUUUUGCAGAAUCGGUAUAUAAUUGUACUGAGCCUUUUUUGAAGCCUGUCGUUUUCGAUCUGGUGGUAUUGAUUCUGCGACUUAGUUACAAGUGCCAGAAAAGAAAUACUAGAUUGAGACUUGACAACACAGCCAAAAUUGGUCAAACCCACUGGGAAUCAUAUGUCGUUCCCAAUCUGGGUUGGUCUUCCUUUUACUAUAACAAAGUCAAAAGAAAUAGUCAUUAUACUGCGGUUAAUGCUCAGGAAGAUAUUACUGCGCAUAAAGAAGUACUGCGGUUAACUAUCUUCAGAUUUUACGGAUUCAUCAAAAUAAUGUCUGACACGAGGAAAGAAGGUUUGAUCCUACUUCAAACCUUUUUGAUCACAACAAAAAGCUGUUUAAGUUUGAAGAAGUUUUUAAGAGAAAGAAUUGAAGAUUUGAGAUUAGGAACGAAGAUUCGUGAGAACUUGUGUAGGUUUUGUUUAUUGAGAAAGGAUUUUGUAUCAAAGUUUGACCAGGUUCCUACACUGAACUACUACUGCUAUUUAUAUUGUUUUGGAUUGGGAAGAUUAUAUGACUGGGGUCAGUCCCAAUGA